GUUUGAUCACGAAGGGUUUAUCAAUGUUGGCUACGGGAGUCUCUUCGGCAAUGGCGGGUCGUAGAGACAGAAUCCAACAGCACCGUGGAUAUCGAAUUACAAUCGCCAUCGUUGUCGGAAUUCUUAUCGGCUGUGUCUGUGCCUUCGUGUUCCCCAACGGGUUCUUUAACUCGGGGUCAUCGUUGCUAGUUAACGAACGUCUUUCGAAAUCGAACUCUAAGGUUGGAUUGGCUUCAUGUGAAUCGUCUGAACGUGUCAAAAUGCUCAAAUCAGAAUUUUCAGUCGUCUCGGUAAAGAACGCAGAGUUGAAGAAGCAGGUCAAGGAGCUAACAGAAAAGGUACGGUUGGCUGAACAAGAAACAGAGAAUGCAAGGAAUCAAGUUUUGGUUUUGGGAUCACAAAUCAAGGCAGGGCCUUUUGGCACUGUCAAGAGUUUGAGAACUAAUCCAACUGUAGUUCCCGACGAGUCUGUUAACCCCAGGUUAGCUAAGCUUUUAGAGAAGGUAGCUGUUAGUAAAGAGAUCAUUGUGGUUCUUGCAAAUUCAAAUGUGAAACCAAUGUUGGAGGUGCAGAUUACUAGCGUCAAGAGAGUUGGUAUCCAGAACUACCUCAUUGUCGCGUUGGAUGAUUCUAUAGUAGAUUUCUGUAAAUCAAAGGAGGUUGCAUAUUACAAGAGAGAUCCAGAUAAAGCCGUGGACAUGGUUGGGAAAAGCGGAGGUAACCACGCUGUUUCCAGGCUGAAGUUCCGCGUCUUAAGAGAGUUCUUGCAGCUCGGUUAUGGAGUUCUUCUAUCGGAUGUGGACAUUGUCUUUUUGCAGAACCCUUUUGGUCAUCUGUACAGAGACUCUGAUGUGGAGUCUAUGAGCGAUGGCCAUGACAAUAACACGGCUUACGGCUUCAACCAUGUGUUUGAUGACCCAUCCAUGGGAUGGUCUAGGUCUGCUCACACAAUGAGGAUAUGGGUAUUCAAUUCCGGGUUUUUCUAUCUAAGACCAACUCUUCCUUCGAUCGACCUACUCGAUCGUGUGGCAGAUACAAUCUCUAAGACAGGGGAAUGGGACCAAGCUGUUUUCAAUGAACAACUGUUUUACCCUUCGCAUCCCGGAUACACUGGCUUACACGCUUCCAAAAGAGUCAUGGAUAUGUACGAAUUCAUGAACAGUAAAGUCCUGUUCAAAACGGUGAGAAAGAAUGAGGAACUAAAGAAGUUGAAGCCAGUGAUUGUUCACCUGAAUUACCAUCCGGAUAAACUCGAACGAAUGCAAGCAGUGGUGGAGUUCUACGUUGAUGGCAAGCAAGAUGCGCUUGAUAGCUUCCCAGAUGGUUCUUUCUAGUUGAUAAAGAGAUACAUGCUUGUUAAGCAAGAUAUCCAAUACACAAUCUUCUUCUUCAAUGAUGGCAGUAAAAACAAAACAAAAAAGUAGGCUAAGUUCAUUUGUCCACAUCUGAGGUUAUUUGUGUGUAGUAUUAAUCUAGUGUAUCCUAUUAGCUGAUAUAUAUACUGUUGAGUGUUG